AUGAACUACGUAUCAAUAUUAUUCGCAUUCUUCGCUCCUCCCUACGUGGUGUUUGCACAACAAGGACCUUGCGAGAUACCUUUAAACGGUGGCCAAGGGCAAUGCAAGUCAAUCUUCAAGUGCCAACCGUUACUGUCUUUAGUCAAUCAAGCGAAGAAAAAGCUGCAAGAAAAAGAUCUGCUACACAGGUCAUAUUGUGGUAUAGAUGAUGAUACACCAGCUGUGUGCUGCCCUAAACAUAAUGAGACACAACCGUGCAUUACUCCAGAAGGCAAGCCAGGCCAAUGCAUCAGCUUGUACUCUUGCUCUCAAUUUACAACUUUGCUAAUGCAACCUCUAACGAACGAUAUAAGGGAAUUCGUGCGGAUUUCAAAAUGUGACGGUAUGGACCAAUACAGUGUGUGCUGCGGGCCCAUCCCAAACUUUGACAUUGUCAAAGGAAACUGUACACUUACAGCUUUCCCACCUGAUCCCAGGACUGAAUGUUGCGGGGUGGAUAGCAGAUACCAAAAUAAAAUUAUAGGUGGUACGGCGACAGAUAUCGAUCAGUACCCAUGGUUAGCGAUGUUGGAAUUAAAUAAAAAUGGUGAGCAGAGGUCGUUUGGCAUGGGAGCUCUUAUCAGUGGGAAAUAUGUUGUGACUACCGCCUCAAUAGCUGUUAGCGAUACUCUUGGCAAAAUUGUAAACAUUGUUCUUGGAGAAUAUGACACCAGUAACGAAGGUCCCGACUGUGUUGAAGUUGAUGGUGGUGGUGUGGACUGUACUGAAGGUGCUAUUAAAAUACCGGUUGAGAGGAUUAUACCACAUCCCCAAUUCAAUGCAACAGAGCGGAUUAAUGAUAUAUCAUUGAUUAGAAUGAAGCAAAAUGCACCCUAUACAGACUUUAUCCGACCAAUCUGUCUCCCUGCCGCAGAUGUUACGUUAAAUUCUGAACCUUUUUAUUUGGUUGCUGCCGGUUGGGGUGCAAUUAGUGUAAGGCAAUCCUCGACAGACAUUAAACAUCAUGUGGAUCUACCUCACGUAAGCCGGGACCAAUGUCAAAGUGCGUAUUCUUCGAGGCCUAGGCCUGUCGAAAUAAGGGAGACCCAUCUUUGCGCCGGAGGUGAAGAGGGAAGAGAUACUUGCAAAGGUGAUGGUACUCUCAUGUACAUAAACGGCAUGACGUACGAAUAUGCUGGAAUCUCUAGAUGUGCAGCUGCAGUGGUGGCAUUCAAUACCAAAAGGCCAUUGUAUAAUAUACAAAAAUCUUUGCUGGGCAAAAGCCCCAAAUCAAAAAGUAAAACAUUUGAAGGGGAAAAUCAAAAGAACAAGCUAAGAAGAAAGUUAACACGGAGAAGGAUUAAUUAUAAUGAAAAAUUGACAAGCACAGACAAACAUUAUGGAACAGACAGCUGCCAUAAACCCGACAUGGAAGAAUAUAUUUAUAGGAUAGCAAAAGAAAGUUUCUUGAAAAGUUUAGAAAAGUCGAACCAGGAAAGGCUGCGUAUCGAACGUGCAACUAUUUUGCAAAGAGAUAGUAGUGAGUGGUUGGAACUUCGUAGGAAUUUACUUACAGCGUCCAAAUUUGGAAAAAUAAUAAAACGUCCAACCACCAGCGCGAGUAUCGUAAAAGCUAUGUUGUAUAAAAGCGAUAUCUCGAACGUAGCUUCAAUAAAACACGGUGUGGACAACGAGACUAUUGCGCUCAACCAGCUAGCGGCAAAGGAAGGAGUGGAAAUAAUAUCUUGUGGCCUAUUCAUAGAUAGUGAAAUACCUUUUUUAGCUGCUACUCCAGAUGGUCUCGUGGGAAAUGAUACAAUCGUUUAG